UUUGUCACCGACUUUCACCCGCCACACGACGGUGCUUUUUUUUUCUUAAAGGAGAAGCUACAGUGUUUUUGUUUUGUUUUUUAAAUCUCCCCAAGCAUGGAGCUUUGAAACCUGCGAACGAUGUGAAAACCAGAAAACACGUUUUCGGAAGGUACCGGCUAACAUUUCGUUUUACUCCUUCAAACAGAAGCUUAGGGAUAUCAGACUGGUCCAAACUGCGGGGCGAGUGGGGGAGGCGACGUUGAUAGGACUAAUGGCUACUCAGAAAUACUGUCUGUGAGCAGUACUAAUUGUUUCGCAGCUCGAGGCAGAGCACGCACGCAGGAUCUGUACAACGGUGUGCCUUCAGCAGGGUAAAGAAGGGAAUCUAAACUUGGCGCGAGAGACAUAACUGUUAAACGGCUCUCAAUUCUACGAAGCGCGCGCCACGGCCAGGAAUCAAGACAGCGCGCGCGCGCUCCCGACAAGACUAGCCCGUUGAUUGGUCCAUAGAGUGCCAGCCCGGCUUGCUGUUCUGAUUGGUCAGCCUUGGAGAGGGGUGGGGGUGUGUGUCUUGCAUCGUCUCUCCUGAUUGGCAGGCGUAAGGGGCCUUGCGUUCAGCUUGAACUCCGAACCUCUUGCUGAUUGGCCUCGGUCCCACGCGCGGCGGGAGGGGGGUCUGCCGUACAGAGGCGGUGUGAGCGGCGAGGGCUGUCAGGGCCAGGAGGGGGAGUCGCCGCUGGGGUUCCCUCCGCCAGCUGCUCUGAUGCCGGGGGCGUCCGAGCAGCCGGGGACCCAGGAGGAAGAGCCGCCGCAGCAGCCGCCACAGCCAGAGAGGGAAGAGGCGCGGACUCCGCCUCCCAGCGGCCGCCGGCGUCCCCCGCCCCCUCCCACAGCCGCCGCCGAGCAAGGGGAGGAGUCUGGCGGCAGCCGCGUUCUCCGGGGGGGCCGGGAGCGGGGCCGGGCCGCGGCUGCUGCAGCUGCAGCCGCCGCCGCCGCUGCAGCCUCUCGCCGAAGGAAGGCCGAGUAUCCCCGCCGUCGCCGCAGCAGCCCCGGAGCGCGACAGAGCCAGGAAGGUGGAGAGCUGCCGCCCGCACCCGGAGCUGAGACUGCACAACCGCCAACUGCCACUCCGCCUGGCGCUGCCUGCAGGAAGGCGACCCCGCGCGGCUCGUAUCUAGAUAAAGCUACAGUAAAAGAUCCCAAAGAAGAGACUGAAGAGGAAGAAGUAUCCAAUAUUAUUGCUGCUGGAACCCCAGUUAGCACAGCCAGGCCCAGUCGGGGCUGGCGCAGCAACAGGGCAGCUGCUGUUGUUCGCCAGUGCGACACAGAGAAUUCACGGAGCUCUAGGUCCAAGACUGGGUCCCUCCAGCUCAUCUGCAAGUCAGAACCAAACACAGACCAGCUAGAAUUUGAGGUCACAGAAGACCAUCCGUCUCCAUCUGGAAUUAGCGAUGAAGAGGAAAUGCUCAUCAGUGAAGAAGAGGUUCCUUUCAAAGAUGAUCCAAGAGAUGAAACUUAUAAACCCCACUUAGACAGGGAAGUUCCGAAGCAAAGGAAAAAAUCAGGAAAGGGAAAAGAAGAAAAAGAGAAACAGAAAGAGAUUAAAGUGGAAGUGGAAGUAAAAGAAGAAAGCGAGUUUCGGGAAGAUGAAGAGCCACCCAGAAAGAGGGGAAGGAGGAGAAAAGAUGACAAGAGCCCACGACUUCCCAAAAGGAGGAAGAAGCCCCCAAUACAAUAUGUACGCUGUGAGAUGGAAGGAUGUGGCACGGUUCUUGCACAUCCUCGUUAUCUGCAGCAUCAUAUCAAGUAUCAGCAUUUGCUGAAAAAGAAAUAUGUAUGUCCCCAUCCUUCUUGUGGGCGACUCUUCCGGCUCCAGAAGCAGCUUUUGCGGCAUGCCAAACACCAUACAGAUCAAAGGGAUUAUAUCUGCGAAUACUGUGCGCGUGCUUUCAAGAGUUCCCACAAUCUGGCAGUUCACCGAAUGAUCCACACAGGCGAGAAGCCAUUACAAUGUGAGAUCUGUGGGUUCACCUGCCGGCAGAAGGCCUCAUUGAACUGGCACAUGAAAAAACAUGAUGCAGAUACCUUUUACCAGUUCUCAUGCAAUAUCUGUGGAAAAAAGUUUGAGAAAAAGGACAGCAUUGUAGCACAUAAGGCCAAGAGUCACCCAGAGGUGCUUAUUGCUGAAGCAUUGGCAGCCAAUGCAGGUGCCCUCAUCACCAGCACUGACAUCCUGGGCACCAAUCCAGAAUCCAUUGUCCCACCCACUGAUGGCCAGGGCCUUCCUCUUCUUCCUGAUCCCCUUGGAAACACUGCUCCUGGAGAGUGUCUACUGCUGAACCCUGAUGGGAUGCCGAAGGCAUAUUGUAGUGGGGGUGACCGGGUCAAUCUGAUGGCAGAUGGAAAGAUCUUUGUUGGCAGUGAUACUGGCGAGAGUACAGAAGGGCUGGUCAUGAACACGGAGAUCCUUGGAGCCACCACUGAAGUUCUAAUUGAAGAUUCUGAUUCUACAGGACCUUAGCAGAAAAAGAGCACAUAGGUGUUGAGGCAACUCAAACUUGUAUUUAAAAGAAUAAACGAGAGGGGGGGAAACCUUAUUCAACAUAGAAAAGCUAAACAAAUUAAAAUUACUAGUCAGAUAACUAAAGGGCCUGCUCCCCCUCUGCCCCAUCUCACCCCCUUCCCAGAGUGGAUCACUGCAAAUUCUUUCACAGUCCCUUCUUGGAGAGGAAUGUUGCCUUUACACAGACUGACAAAGCAAAGGAAUUCCUGCGAUGCAGUGAUGGGAAGCAGCCAGAGCCUAUCCCUCUCCCUGCCUCCCCAAAGUAAGCAAACUUCUUGCUUCUUGACCACAUUGCAAGCUUGAAGGUGUUUGUGCUCUGGACCAGUAUCUCAUUCUCAGAACCCUCUUUUACUCCUUCAGUCGCAUCAUCCUGUUCUAUGCAUUAUUGAAUUCUGACCCUUGUAGGCUCUUAUUUUUCCUUCUAGGGCUUGGGAGUAUAGCUUGGCACUUUAGGACCCCUCAGCAGGAUGAGCUGGAAGACACCAUGUAUUCCCUCUCUCUCAUCUUUCCCUUCUGCCUCUCUUAAGGAAAGAGAGGUUAUUGGCACUCUUGUUGCACCCCCCCUUUUUUAAAAAAAUAAAUGAGGGGUGCCAUCCUUUUGUAUAAUUGCUCUGGCUGCAAAAGUCCUGUGUGGCAGGGGCAGUGAGAAUGGGUGCUAGGCUGGUUUAAAAAAAUGCACUUUGAACGUGUCCUUGUGUUUAAGUUGGGAUAACAAAUUCCUUAUUUAUUUGAUUUUUUUUUUUUGUAAAGGUCUGUUUUAGUUGCUGUCUAGGGAAGACUUUUCUUUCAGAACUGAAAUAUUUUGUAAGGGGUAUAAAACACAAGCAGCUUCUUUGGCAAACUGUGUUUAGGAACUGUCCCUCACUGCUACUGCUAGCAGUAUAGAUCCUAGUGAAUACUGAGGAAGCCUGUUUUCUUCAGCAUUUUUUUCUUGUUUGGAGAGAGAAGUCUGAUGCAGAAGUGAUGGUUGCUUCAAAGCUUUGACCUGCUGCAGUCAUUAAUUCCUUCCCCAACUUCCUAACCUUCUGCUCACUUCAUUGCAUUGUUAGCUUUGCCGUUCCCUCUGGCCUUGAUGGGCUAAUGCCAUUAAGAGCAGGCAAGCCCAAUCCUGCGGAGGUUUAACAACUGCUAAAUAGCUUGACAGUCCUCUGACACACUCUGCCUCUUAGCCCUUUGAGCCAGUCUUUAAAACCUACUUAGAGGUAAACUGACACUGGGUGGUGGCAACAACUCCAGCUCUCCUCAGCCAUGCAUUCAAUCUUCUCUCACUUAGCUGCACAUUUUUUCACUUCUGUGAACCUAAGUGGCUUGGAUAUCACCAGAGCACAAGAUGUGUAGAUGUUUUGUACGGAAUUCAGAAGAGCAAUGAUGAUCUCCUAAAGAUUUACUUAGGAUAUUAUUUGUGGGAACUCUUGGCUGCUGUCUGAGAGCUUGAGGUGGCACACUAUCCUUGUGAUUUAGUUUGCUUUUUAGUGGCCUAGGGUUUCACAUGACCAAGGACUGAGUUAAGGAAUUCUCUUUAGCAUGAUUAUAAUUAAACUAUUUCAUGUUGCCAACUUGUGUUAGUAAGGUGCUUAUACUGAAGGACAAAACAAAAGUCUUGUAGUCUAGGGCUCUGCUUCACAAAGUUGUGAAUCCUACUGUAAUGCUAGCUAGCAUUAUCAGCUCUCAUUCCUAGCCACUCCUUUUUACAACACUGCUUAUCUAGCGAGAAGUCUAGAUGCAGCUCCUUUACUUAGUUGGAAGCUAAGCAUCAAUAGGGUAUUACACAAAGCACUAAAAUGAGGCAACCUUUUGCAGCCUACUAGUAAUUUUCACCCACCCCUAUCCUCCCUUUUCUGCAACCUGGUCAGCAAUCUGGCAGGCUGCAAUACAUGGCUGGUAUUCUGCCUGCAGCCUAAAUGCUGCAUGGUGUGCAGGCCUGACAUGGGUCACAGUUUAUGAUUGGUGGCUAGAAAGGUGUUUGCAGUUGAAGGCUGGUUCUAUGCACUACUGAGGAGACUGCUCUCUAUCUUGGCUGUAUUCUACUGCUCUACCAUGAAAAACCAUUCAUAAUAUGGAUCUCCCUCACUCACUCACCCCCCCCUCCCCCACGGCCCAGCAUUGUAGAGGCUUGUGAGUUUUCAGGAAACAUAUGUUGUAGGUAGUAGGCAAACUACCUGAAGUCUGUUCCCAUUGUUGGGUUACCUACUGGUCUCUUGGCUGCCUUUCCUAGACAGCUCUGUUGAUCUUUUUUUGAGGGGGGCAUUUUUGUGUGUGCAUGUGUGUGAGUUUUUUGUUUUUGUUAAAGUAACCUUGUCUUGUGUUUAAUGACAACAGCCCCUUGCACUCUCAGGCAGAUAAAACUGUUGCAACUUCUACCCUGGAUUUAUGAACUGAACUAUUUGUUCCUGACAUAGAACGUUCCUGAUGCUUCCCCUUCAUGUUGCUCCCAUUGUAGGCAUGCAGUUUUGCUUCAAUCAAUUAUUAUAGUCGUUGCAAUAAACUAUUUGUGUUUUCUUCUAGGAAGCUUUUUUCCCAUGGGAAGGAAGCAUGGUGCUGGGAGCUGAGGCUACUUAAUCUCCUUCCCUUUUUAAUAUGGGAUAGUUUACAGUAACUAAUUUUGACAUUGACCCACUCCAGAUGCAAUCUCAUAAUCUUGUCCUAUCUGUACACUCAUUUUGGCUUUGUAAGCAUUGGAUUCCCUUCCUGUUAAUGUUUUGGGGUGGUAUGCAUCUCCCCUUCAGGAACUGACAUUGACUUACUUCCUAGUCAGAUGAGUAGGGAUUCUCUUUUCAGCAUUUUAUCUGACCAGUGAUAGAAUAGAAUUGAUGAGAACAUGAAGCUCAGGAGUUUUGCAGAGACUAGCAUAUUUAAUGCAUGAUAAAUGGUUUGUCACUUUAAACAGUUCCUAAUCAAUGGCACAAUGCUGAAGCCUUUUCAGUGGGGAGAAAAAAAGGGGAGAAUUGUUAAAUCCUCGGAGAAGCUUUCCAAGGUGAUAGUGAAGAGCUGGGGCAAACUGCACUAGCAUUGUGAAUCCUACCAGAUGGGGUGAGGAUUUGCAAUACUUAGCAGAACUACCUGAAGUAGUAGCCACUGGGUGGCAACAGAGCUGUGUUGCAUUGUGGCACACCCCUAUUUUUUAGUGUUUAAGUGAAGGGAUGCUUGAGUUGACAAGUCUUUGAUUGCUUAAAAGCCUUGUUGCAUACAAAAUUUUCCACAAAGUGAUGGUGGAGAUUUGGGGUAGGGUACAAGGGGGAGGGGCAGUGAUAAAUCCAUGUUGAUAAAGAGUUGUGUAUACAAAAAGUAAAUAAAAUAAUAAAAAGGGAUGCUCUGUUUUCUAUCUUGUAUUUUUUUAAAAGCUGAGUAAGACAUAAUAAAGAGAAUAAAUCA